GAGUUCUGUUCCACUGUCCUGGAGGUCCUGACCCCAGACGAUGUGCGAGUCCUGAUAGAGACAGAGGAUGAGUUUGCUCGACGUGGACAGUUUGAACGAAUCUUCCCCUCACGUGUCUCCAUGCACUACCUGCGCUUCUUUGAGCAACCACGCUACUUCAACAUCCUUGUUGCCCAGUGGGAGUUGAAAUAUUUCUCAAAUAAGAACAAGGGGGUGGAUCUGCUCAGAAGCUGGUGUUACAGAGGCUAUCACAAUGGGAUAGUAACAGAUACCACAUUGAUGUGGACUCUUCCAAGAACCCAGGUCUAUUUGAAGAAUGAUUUCAUCUUGAAUGGCAUGAACAAGAUUGAGUCAGGCCGAAUCAGCAAAGCCCUUGUUCAGCGAGAUGAAGAAGAAUCGUCCCGGAGCCCAGAAACGACCACUUGCACUCAGAGUUUACCUCUGAUAAAAUACACAGCCGGAACACUCAAGAAAGGCACAGUCCCUCAGGCCUUCAGCAACUCAAGCCUGGUAAAGUGAUGAGGAACCACAUGAGUGGCCAGUUUCCCCUCCCCAGCAGUGUGUGGAGGGAAGAGGACACAUACAGCCUACCUCAGCAGAUGCUAGGAAAGCCAACCUUGGAGGCAUGGGGAGAAUCUCUCAUCCAGCAUGCCCACCCAAGGACUAUUUUUUUAAAGGAAAUUGGGACAAAAGGGAUAUGUCGUCUGUCUUGGUCAAAAGGGACAAAAACUCCAUUUAUUUAUAUAUGUGUAUACACACACACAUACAUAUAUAUAUUAGUUUUUGUGUGUGUAUGUGUCAAAAGAAGUAUCUAAACACGGACAGCUUGGAAAACCUAUUUAAUUUUUAGUGUGAAUUCCUUGCAGUUCAUUGACCUUGCCAUGUUCCUCAUCACCUGAGCCUCAAGUGCCUCUCGCUGCUAAGUGCCAAUGUGUUAGAUCAGACUGGGCAUUGCAGAUCUCAGUGUCCGUCUGUGAAAUGACCUGCUACUAGGUGGUCAGACUGUACGUGAUUGCAGUCGACUUAAAAUGUCAUUCGUUCACAGCCAGAUAGAACAAGGUUCCUUUUCA